AAAUAACCAAUCAAAUCAUAGAGGAGGCGGGUCUAAAGAAACGGAAGAGGCGGGACCAAGAAACUGAAUGUUAGGUGUGAGUUUGAAAAAAAUGUGUCGGCAGCAGUAUCGGUGAAGCAAUCCGGCGCAAAAAAGAAGACUUUCGGAAGAUUUUUCGCUGCAUUUAUUCCAAAGAUAAGAUUGUUUAACAUUUAUUUGGUUAACAGAAUUUAUUUUGAUAAACUAGUUUGAGGCAAUGAGCAUGUUGUUAUUCUUUCGCUAAGAGCUGGUUAGCAUUAGCUUAAGUUAACGAUGUAAAUGCUGAUAAAAUGAUGAUUGCAUGUGAUGGAUUACUUAUAUUUGCGUAUUUUAUAACCACUUAUGCUGGCGCACGUUACAUUUGAAACUCAGAGUAAGCUGUCUAAAAGGAGAUUUUUUUUUCCAUUUUGCCAGCAGCCAUGACUUGAGGUCAGGUUUGAUAUUUUAACUGGCUAUUUUUCUACAUUAAUGUGAUUUCUUGUUAGUGGUGUAGGGUUCUGAAGGUCCCAGGGAAGGAAGACUGUGUUGCAAGCAAUAUUUAGUAUUAGUAAUGUAGGGUAAUGCUGCUGCCCUUGGGGCAGGAAAGCUCUGCUGUCAGCAUUAUUAUUGCUAGUGGUUAGGAUUAGUAAUGCAGUAAUGCUGCUGCCCUUGGGGCAGGAAAGCUCUGCUGUCAGCAUUAUUAUUGCUAGUGGUUAGGAUUAGUAAUGCAGUAAUGCUGCUGCCCUUGGGGCAGGAAAGCUCUACUGUCAGCAUUUUUAUUGCUUGUCCUUGGCAUUAGAAAUGCAGUUUGUCAUUUAAUUAAAAUAAGUUUGUAAUUACUUUUAAGGGAUGUCAUUCUUUAUGUUAUUUGUAUAACAUGUAUAUUUUAGUUACACAAACACAGUGAUUUAACAUGGAAUGUUUGUACUUUGCCAAUUUCUCCCUCUUUCUCUUCAAGCAAUAUUUCUACAGAGAAACAUGAGUGUCUUACAGUCUAUGCGGUCCAGAGGAUUGCAAAGAAGACAUGCCAAAAUUGGAUGCGUAGGACCCUACCCACUUCACAUGGAAAGUUUUCAAUCCCUUGUAGAGAGCAACAAAGUGUCUGAUGAGACCAUAGAUGCCUUGUUCCAUCUGUUCAGCAUGAAGAGCAUCUUUGAACAUAAAAGGGAGGUUGUUGGUCCCUAUUUGGAGCAUGGGAAUCAUUGGACAUUUUUUCAUAGUAAUAUUGUGGACCGGAGUAUAACGUACCUAAACUCACUAGGGGAACAGGAUGAGCAGUACUCUAAAAUAGAAAAGAAUUGGAGUGCCUAUGCUGCAUCAAAAGGCUACCUGGGGCCAUGGAAAAGGAUGAAGCGGGAACAUACCCUUCAGACUGAUGGUAUUUCAUGUGGCAUUUUCACAGCUGUGUUUGCUGAGAUCUUUCUAGAAGGCAAGGAGGAGUAUCUUGCUUGCCCAUCUGUAGAGCAAGAGAGGGAACGACUAGGGUUACUUCUUUUCAAUUCACUUGAUAAGUCGGGUAUUUGUGGUAUCUGUCACCAGAGUGUGUCUGUGAAGAACAAGGGAAGAUGCUCUUCUUGUUUUGCAAAUAUUCAUACAAAAUGUCUACCUGGGAGUCAAGAGGACAGCAGGAGUCUUUGCAAAGAAGACAAGUCAGGAGAAAGUCACCAAAACAGAGGAGUUGAGACAGAAGACAGGUCAGGGAAAGUCACCAAAACAGAGGAGUUGAGACAGAAGACAGGUCAGGAGAAAGCAACCAAUACAGAGAAGUCGAGGCAGAAGACAGCUCAGGAGAAAGUCACCAAAACAGAGGAGUUAAGACGGAAGACAGGUCAGGAGAAAGUCACCAAAAUAAAGAUAAUGCAGGACAAAGCCAAGAAGAUCAAAGAGGUAAAAGUGGGGAUUUCUGGUGGAAAGUGCUCUAAAAGUUUCAGACUUUCACCAAGCAAAGAGAUAUCAGGUCACUUCAGAAGAACUACGGAGGAGAUGCUCUCCACCAGAGAGCUACUCUGUGAACACUGUGGUGGCUUAUCUGCGGAAGGCCAAAGGACAAAAAAAAAAUUGAAGAGAAGUUGACAGAGAUGGAGGUGAAGCCAUCAAAGCGCACAAAGUUGACUUCACAGUGCUACAAACUUUGUGAAGAUGAAUGCAGUGAUCUGGCUGGGGAUAUAAUGUACCUGGCAGCAAAAUUCAUCCCAAAGGAAAAAGUGGGUCAAGCCUUGUUGGAGGAUGGGAAUGUCCAUGCGGCCAUGGCCAAAACAGAAGACUGCAGGAAGACACUGGAAGCUGUGAAUACUUUAGAAAGUAACUGGGAAACAUUUGACCUGGCUACACAUGGUCUUGGGCCUGCAGUUAUGAAAGGCACUUUUGCUUUAAUUGAUUCUUGUCUUAAAGAGAAAUCAAGACUCCAAAAAUGAGUAAUUUUUUUUCUUGCCAUUUUAUGUUCAUUGUGUUCAGCUGAAUUAAAAAAGUAAUAUGUGCAAUACAAAUAAAAAAAGUAUUUCAAGGUU